UGCCGCCCCGUCCCGAGCGGGCCGGGCGCCCUGGUCCCGCCGGAGCCGCUGCUGCGUCCUGGCGCCUCGCCGCGGGAUGCCCGCGCCUUUGCCCCCCACGGAGCUGCACACCUCGGAGCGGGUCAUCGUGCUGGUCUCCUGCGUGCUCUCCUUCCUGGGCUCCAGCCUCCUGGUUUGCACCCACGCCCUGUGGCCAGAGCUGCGGACCCGUCCGCGCCAGCUCCUGCUCUACCUCUCCCUGGCUGACCUCCUCUCCGCCCUUUCUUACUUCUACGGGGUGCUGCAAGACUUCGACAGGACCUCAUGGGAUUGCGUGCUGCAGGGCGCCCUGUCCACCUUCUCCAACACCAGCUCCUUCUUCUGGACCAUGGCCAUUGCCCUCUACCUCUAUGUCACCAUCGUGAGGGGCUCGACCACAGGCACGGGCUUGCUCUGCUGCUUCCACGUCGUGAGCUGGGGAGUCCCCCUUGGCAUUACGGUGGCUGCUGUUGCUCUGAAGAAGAUCGGCUAUGAUGCCUCCAAUGUUUCUGUCGGCUGGUGUUGGGUCAACUUGGAUGCAGAGGAUCGAGUACUGUGGAUGCUGUUGACAGGGAAAGUUUGGGAGAUAUUGGCCUAUGUGACUUUACCGGUGCUCUACAUCCUCAUCAAGAAGCACAUUAAUAGAGCACAUGCAGCACUGUCAGAGUAUCGCCCCAUCCUCUCGAGAGCACCUGCGCUUCAGCCUCGGACUUCCAUAGCGGAUAAGAAGUUGAUUCUCAUCCCUGUCAUCUUCAUCAUCCUACGCAUCUGGAGCACUGUGCGUUUCAUUCUGACACUCUGCAACUCCCCUGCAGUGCAAAAUUCAGUCCUUGUUGUCCUACAUGGAAUUGGCAACACGUUCCAAGGAGGCGCCAACUGUAUUAUGUUCGUGCUCUGUACACGGGUGGUCCGGGCUCGGCUGUUCUCCUGCAUUUGCUGUUGCCACUACGAUAGCUUGAGUUGGCCUUUGCAGAGGUCCAGCACUGACCAGCAGCACCCAGAGCCCUGCAAGAACAGCUGUGUGCCAGACUCCAAGCAAACAAGACCUCUGCUUUCCAGCACCUGAGCCUCAACUCCCCACACCUCAGUGCUGAUCUCAUCUUUCUUGGUGCAGGAUCGUCCUGAAGUCCCACAGAGGGAGCUAGAGCCUGGGGAAAAGCUCUGCUGGAGUGACUGAGUGAGCAGAUGAUGUCCCCGCUCCUCCUUGGCCUUCAGAUCCCAGCUGCUGAAGUCUUGAACUUUGCCAAAGGCCUUCUGGAAGAUACUGUUUGGUGACACCCCAACUUCCCAAUUUUCUUCCCUCUCCUUCCUGUCUAUCUUCACCAUAAGAAAUUGUUCGGAAUUUUACUUUUCUGUCCAAUGAGGUGUUCUUGUGAGAUCUGGGGAGAGUAAAUACCAUGGUGACCGGAAAAAUUUAGCUGCUAUGUAGGACUGUCCUCGGUGUGGAUUUGAGUCCUGGUGCAAGAAGUCUUCCAGGGGGCUCUGGACUGGCUCCUGUUCUUCACUUGAAUGUGCACGGUAGUCUGCACAUGUUUCCUGGCAGGGAUGGAUGAUUCAUCUUAAUGUUUUGCUCCUCCUCCUUGGUGGUUGAGGGGUCCUCAUCAUCAGCGUAUGUGGUGGCAGCAUGCUUAUUGCCUCCUGGGGAAAUCUGAACUCUGUGGACUGUUGGUGCUGAGGGAUGUGUAGGUAUACCGGGGCAGCCGCUGCCAUCAGCGAGGUGGUGCCUCACGUGUGCUCUGAACUUCUGUCCUCUGCUGAAGCACAAGCUGUGGGGUCUGGUGCCUCCCCAGGAGCAUUAAAUUGGAGCUGGAGAGGGGAUGUUUUUGUUGGCUUGCUGUUUGGAAAUAACUGUUUUACCUUGUUUACAGCUACUCG